UUUCCAUCUCCUCCUUUCUCUAAUAGCUCUGGCUUAGCUAGCUGACAAGUUUGAUAGCUAGCUAACUUUGUAAAGGAUUGGUUUCCAUUCCAUUUUAAGAAAACUAGCUAGUUAAUUCGAUACCGACAAAACAGGACUGGUUUAAGUUGGUUCGUUUGGGAAUAUGCCUAAGAAUAAAGGUAAGGGAGGAAAGAAUCGGCGACGUGGUAAGAACGAGAAUGAAUCAGAAAAGAGAGAGCUGGUAUUUAAAGAGGAUGGCCAAGAAUAUGCACAGGUGAUUAAGAUGUUGGGUAAUGGACGACUGGAAGCUAUGUGUUUUGAUGGAGUCAAGCGACUAUGCCACAUCCGAGGAAAGCUACGGAAAAAGGUUUGGAUCAAUACUUCAGACAUCAUCCUUGUGGGACUUCGAGAUUACCAGGACCAAAAAGCCGAUGUUAUCCUUAAGUACAAUGCAGACGAGGCCAGGAGUUUGAAGGCCUAUGGGGAGCUUCCUGAACAUGCUAAAAUCAAUGAGACUGACACAUUUGGACCUGGCGAUGAUGAGGAUAUUCAGUUUGAUGACAUUGGAGACGACGACGAGGACAUUGAUGAUAUCUGAAUCAGAACUAUUGUGGGCCACAUCGUUUAUGCAGAGGAAAGUGGACAUUUCUAUACUGGCAGAGGCAGUGCAACCUUGCCAACAACUCACUGCUUCCUCAAGUCAGUUGAGGCAGCUUAUUUCCCUUCUCUUGAGACUGCUUAAAGCCUGGAUUCUGUCACUGAACAUCCGCACACCUACUUCAGUUCACACUGUAUUAUUUUAUUCCAUAAUGUGGAAUAUACUCUAAAAUUACAGAACACCAGAGUUUACAAUAAAAACUUCAAUCAUUUUA